AUGACCAGAGCGGAGUCCACCACGCUCAGGUCGUUCAAAUCUCUUCCUGGGCAAUACUGGAUCACAGGACAUGUUCAAGCCCGCCCUCUGUCAAUCAUAUCCGUUCAGGAGGCAGCUUUGGCUUGUGGAAAGUCAAUUCCGAUGCCAGAGGGCCUAACAAACAGUCAUUCGCGUUACAACUGGGAGAGAGCAGUCAACUGUAUGGGGGCCUGUGCGCUCCCGUUUUACAACAAGCAAUUUGAAAGAGUCGAGCAUGGGUAUUACUGUUUGGGAUGCUACAUGGCCCUUUCCCAGAGCAACUGGGCCAAUGACGAGCAACGGCUCCGAGGGGAGGAGGCUUGUGGUAAAGUUCACUCAAGUGAGGGCCUCUUGCGCCAUUUUUGUUGGUGCAAACAAGCUCAAAUCUGGUGGGAGUUGAACAAGAGACAACCAGAGCCAGCAACUGAAGAUGAUAUUCUGGAGGAGAUUACUGAGAGUGACCUCGACAUGGCUGAAACCGAAGCCUCGCGCUAG